CAGGUGGUCUUCCCCGGUGUCCGCGCAACGGUGGAGGUGACCAAGGAGCGCUUCGAGGAGCUCUCGGCCCACCUCGAGCGCACGGGCGGGGGCGCCGUCGGCGUGCUCGCGGCGCGGCCCGCAACCAAGGGCCGCAGGGGCGGUGCCGACGGCGGCCAGGGCGCUCCGCCGCCCCAGGGCGACCUCUUCGAGACGGGCACGCUCUGCAGGCUCGUCCAGCACGCCGUCGAGAAAUCGAUGUGCAGGCUUGUGGUCGAGGGGAGGUCCCGGUUCACGGUGGAGCGCUUCGAGCAGACGUCCCCGCUGCUCGUGGCCACGGUGCGGCUGGUCGAGGAGGAGCGAGACGCCCAGGCGCACGACGUGUCGGUGCUGGCGCUCAUGCGCAACAUACAGGAGAGGCUGAGCGAGCUGCUGAAGAGCGGCCCCGAGGGCGGCCGGGCGCGCCAGCUCCGCCUGCCCUCCUCGGCCGCAGGCCUCGUCGGCGUCGCCGGGGCCACACUGGGGCAGGUGCCGGUGGCCGAGCGGCAGCGCAUCCUGGACCUACGAGGCGUCAAGGAGCGUCUGGAGUACGUGCUCGAGCUGGUCCAGCGAGAGUCGGAGGCAAGGAGAAUCUCCGGCGAGAUCAACGCGGGGAUCCAGAAGACGCGCGAGCAGGAGCUGAAGAGGGUGGUGCUGCAGCGGCAGAUCCAGGAGGUGCAGAAGGAUCUGCGCCGCGUCCGCGUGAGAGUGCAGCGGGAGGCCGGGGAUCCUAGCAGGGAGGGCGCCGAGGAUGACUUGGGGAACAGCGAUGGCGAAGAGGAAGAGGACGAAGUGAACCGCCUUAGCGACAAGAUAGCCAAGGCGGGCCUCCCCCCAGACGCACUGCGUGUGGCCAAGAAGGAGCUCCGGCGGCUGAAGGGCAUCCAGCCGCAGCAUCCGGAGUACACGAUCACCCACUCAUACCUUGAGCUGUUGUCGGUACUGCCGUGGCAGACGAGCUCCGAAGACUGCUUCGAUCUCGCCCACGCACGCUCCGUCCUCGACGAUGACCACCGCGGAUUGGACAAGGUCAAGGUCCGGAUUCUCGAGUUUCUCGCUGUGCAGAAGAUGCGCGGGAAUAUGCAGGGCCCAAUCCUCUGUCUCCACGGCCCUCCAGGAAUCGGGAAGACAUCUUUGGGCCGUUCCAUUUCGCGUGCCAUGGGCAGGAAGUUCCACAGGAUCGCUCUGGGAGGGGUUCGCGACGAGGCCGAGCUGCGUGGUCACAGGCGGACUUACAUCGGCAGCAUGCCAGGAGUCAUCAUUCAGGCAUUCCAAGCCCUUUCUGUGAACAACCCGGUCAUCCUCUUGGAUGAGGUGGACAAGAUGUCUCAAAACUCUAUGUUCAACCCGCAGGCCACUCUUCUGGAGAUCUUGGAUCCCGAGCAGAACAGCACGUUCAAGGACCACUACCUGAAUAUGCCGUUCGACCUCUCCAAGGUCCUGUUCAUCUGCACCGCCAACGACACCUCGCUCAUCGACCGCCCACUGCUGGACCGCAUGGAGAUCCUCGAGCUCUCAGGGUACACCCCAGAGGAGAAGAUGUCCAUCACAGCCUCGCACCUCCUGCCGAAGCAGCGCCGCCUGCACGCCCUCGAGCCGCCGCGGCCGGGAGGCGCGGGGGAGGGCGGCGAGGACCUGCCCGCGGUGGCGCUGGAGCCGCUCGGCGCAGCCGCGGAGCUCCCGCCGAGGCUGCACGUCACGCAGGACGCGGUCCUGGGCAUCAUCGGCAGAUGGACCUCCGAGAGCGGCGUGCGCGGCCUGGAGCGCCGGCUCGCGCAGAUCUGCCGGUGGGCCGCCCUGCGGCUGCAGGGCGUCAACCUGCCGCUGCACGCGGGCACCGAGCGCGACCACGCGCAGGAGGAAGCCCUGUCCGCCUGCGGGCCCGACGAGGAGGGCCUCAUCACGGUGGACGCGCAGCACCUGCCGUACAUCAUCGGUAGCGAGAUGUUCGAGCUGGACAUCGCGGAGAGGCUGGUGGUCGGGGUGGCCAUGGGCCUCAGCGUGUCGGCGACCGGCGGCCAGCUGCUCUUCGUCGAGGCCACCCGGAGCAGGGGCGCCAACCGGCUCACGGUCACGGGGCAGCUCGGCAAGGUCAUGGCCGAGAGCGUCGAGACCGCCCUGUCGCUCCUGAGGAGCCGCUUCGUCCGCGUGGACGCGGGGCGGGGCGACGUCCUGGGCGAGGUCGGGCCUCUCUUCUCGGGCGAGGACAUCCACGUGCACUUCCCCGCCGGAGGCAUCCCGAAGGACGGGCCCUCGGCGGGCGUGGCGGUGCUGCUGGCCCUGGCCUCUCUGUGGCUGAACCGCCCCAGCCCGGGGCGACACCGCGGUGACUGGGGAGGUCAGCCUCCGGGGCCAGGUGCUGCCCGUGGGCGGCAUCCGGGACAAGGUGCUGGCUGCCCAGAGGGCAGGGGUCCAGCACGUCCUCAUCCCGUUGGCGAACAAGCGCAACGUGCUGGAGGACGUGCCCGCAAAGGUCCUGCAGGGCAUGGAGGUGCACUACGUCAGGCACGUCGACGAGGCCCUCGAGUGGGCCUUCAGGGUGGCCGCGGACAGCGCCAUCGCCGCGGAGGACGCAGGCGUGCCGGAGCCUGCGUACCUGAGGGCGAGACUCUGAGCAGCAUGUACAUAGCAGGGGGAGG